GGGGAGGGUGGGAGGAGUUGUGGGGGAAAGUUAACGAUGUUACUUUUAAAUUAGCUUUUCUCUACCUUGGGGACAUUGUUUAUGCACAUAAUGAACAGUAUUUUACAGUUUCUGAAAGGGUCGCGUAUGAGUGUCUCAUUAAGAACUGCCUAGCGCUCUCACAUACGGGCAGGAAUCAGUGUCUUUGUUUAAUGGCUGAAAAUUACCCUCAGAGAGGUUAAUAUCACACAAGUGGACUGAAACCCAACUUUUUACCUUCCGGAUCCCACGUUCUUGCCUCUGCAUGCAUGUGACUAAAAUGAACUAAAAUACCUACAUUACAAUAGAUACAAAUAACCUUUCAGGAAAGCUAGUGUGCGUUGAAACCGUAGGAGAUGCAGUUUGACCAGACACGGGGCAGACUAGACGAUUCUGCUGCAGAAAGCACUGAAGAUGGACAAGUUUAAAAGUUACAUAUACAUAUCAGGCCGCCCACUAUAUGUCAAGCAAUGGAGAAACAAAGAAACAGAUAUCAAUAUUGUUCUUUUGAAAGAAUGGAAUCUUGCCAUUUGCAACGACAUGGAUGGAGGGUUGGAAGAAGAGCAGAGCUAACAGUCCACCUUAACGAGGAAUCUGGGGAGUUGGAGUAAUUCCUUUACAAACUUGGUAAAAUGUCUUUCUUCUCGACAUGGAUCAAAGCUAUUUUUAUCACUGCCCUGGCAUUUCCUCAUUAUUCUGAAACUGGUUUUGAACCUUCACCAGAAAUUCGUAGACUCCCAAACUGUGAUGUGUAUGUACAUCAGUUACAUUUUUGCACAAGAGAAAUGGAUCCAGUCUGUGCAACCAAUGGCCAAACUUAUUCCAAUAUAUGCAUUUUCUGCAGUGAACUAUUCGAAAGUGGUGGAGCGUUUGAUUUUAGUCAUUAUGGUAGAUGCUGAUUCUGCCUGUGCUACACAUUCCAAUACCUUUUAUUGCGAUCCAAUUUUGUGGUAGAUUCUACAACCAAUUAGAACGGCCUCAGUCAGAGUUUUAAAUUCCUAGAAAAUCAUACAAAGACUUCUAUGGCAUACAAGAUGGAAUAUAGGAUGUUGAAGAAUUUUUCCAUGAGCCUAUGAUUGAAAGGUUUUCCUUCUCUAUGUUCAAUUAUUCAAUGACAAUUGAAAAACUAUCUUAAUUUUGUAUUUCUUAACAUAAAACCUAAUACAACUUAAAAUAAUAAAUAUUUCAAUCAAUCCAA